GUUUUGCUUUGGCUAAAAGUUCUUAAUCUUAGUCACUCCAAGUACUUGACAAAAACCCCCGACUUUAUCGGACUACCACGUCUUGAACAACUCAUUCUCAAAGAUUGUCCAGGUUUGCACGAAGUACACCAUUCUAUUGGAUGUCUUUGCUAUCUUACACUGCUGAAUUUGAAGGACUGUACAAGUCUAAGCAAUCUCCCAAGAGAGAUAUUUGAGUUGACAACUUUACAAACUCUCAUUCUUUCUGGUUGUUCAAAAAUUGACCUAUUGGAACAAGAUGUAAUGCAAAUGGAAUCCUUGAUAACUCUAAUUGCUGAAAAUACAGUUGUGAAGCAAUUGCCUUUUUCAAUGGUAAGCUCAAAAAGCAGUGGAUAUAUAUCCUUAUGUGGACUUGAGGGGUUAUCACAUAAUCUCUUUCCUUCUAUCAUUCGGUCUUGGAUGUCACCAACAAUGAAUAAUCUGUCUUAUAAACAUUCGUUUUGCAUGGAUAUGGAAGAUAAUAGUUGGGAUGAUUUUGUGCCAUUGCUUAGCAGCCUUGCAAAUCUUCGUAGUGUUUUGGUGCAAUGUGAUACCGAGUUACAACUAUCUAAGCAAGUAGAAACUAUUCUGAUUGAAUAUGGAGCAAAUAUUACAAACUCAGGAACUUCAAAGCAUCACCUCAAGUCUUCUUUGAUUGGUGUUGGAAGAUGCAAAGAUUUCUUUAAUGCUGUCAGUGAUAGAAUUUCUGAGGGAUUUGGAAGCAGUGAGUCAUGUGAUAUUUCUCUCCCAAGUGACAAUGAUCCUUAUUGGUUGGCGCAUAGGGGUAAGGGAAAUUCUGUUUCUUUCACUGUGCCUCAGAACCGUGUAUUGAAGGGAAUGGCUUUAUGUGUCGUUUAUUUAUCAACCCCUGAAAUUCUGACAACUGAAUGUCUCAGAAGCGUCUUAAUUGUUAAUUAUACAAAGCACACAUUACAGAUACACAACCAUGGCACGGUAAUUAUCUUUAAUGAUAAAGAUUGGGAGGGUAUAAUAUCAAAUUUAGGAUCAGGAGACAAGGUGGAGAUUUUUGUGAUUUUUGGUCAUGGAUUGCUAGUCAAGAGAACAGUUGUCUAUCUGAUAUGUCGUGAAUCAAAUGACUUAGAAAAGGAGCCUGCGCCAAAGAAAAACUCCCUCAUUAGAUUUAGAAAGAAAAAUGUAAUGUGAAUUUUCUCGUUGUUGCUUCUGUCAAUUCUUUUACCUUUUAGCAAAUAGUAUUUCAUUAAAAAUCCUCGCAAAAGAUACUGCAUUGUGAAAUACAGAUAGUUGCAGUUCGAUGAUCUGUUACCUG